UGCGGUAACUACAGGGCGCCAUCUGCCUGUGUUGACAGCAGGAAGAUAAAGAUGGCGUGGUGAACAUAACGAGUGCGUGGUGAAAAUUGAUACUCCAAAUUUACGUCUUUCUGAAAGGAUAACCAACGUUUAACAUCAAACGUAAAUGGUCUUUGAUGACAUGCAAAUGCUGCGCUGACAGUUGGGUGAGUUAGCAUGCCCGCAAGCUGUCACUUCACAUGACUGAUGAACUCGGGAUAUGUCGCUUCCGUAACGCACGCAUCAAGUGGCUUUAUUGAAGAAAACAUCAUCGCAUCGAGGUGGACACCGCACGCAUGUAUGCGAGGCUUCGGCGGUCAUGUUUUGUAAAUAAAAGCAGCAGCGGCUGCACAAUGUGCACAUGCUAACGCACAGCUAGUCUUCUAAACUUGACCCUAACGUCUUAGCGAGCCGUGCUACGAGUUAAAUGUUACGACCACCAACGAGAUGGACGAACGACCGACCCUCAAGUAAAGCACAUAUGUCGAGUAUGGACAGCAGCAUGGGUUAAACGAAUAUUUGGCUGGGAUAUUUGAAGUUUUGAGUAAAGUUCUCGUCGCGCGAGUUGGCUAGCAGCGCACGCUAGCUCGGCAACACCAAUCAAACGAAAGUCAUAUCCAUGCUUUGAAUGACUGGUUCUUGUUAACUCGCUGUGACUGUCAGGACACAAGGUGAAUGUUGCCCCAUCGUGUCUUGUCGCUUGUGUCUCUGUGAUGGACAUGGAGACAGCAGCCUGUGAACUGCUUCACCAGAACGGCGACGUCCACCAUGAGGACCUUGGCGUGAAGCAAUCCACAGUUCUUCAAAUCCAUUUCUACCACAGCGGCCCCCUCUGUUACCCACAAGGACAGUACAUCACUGAACAGCUCAUCAUCGAUGCCGCCAAAGAGUGCGGAGUUUCGCCAGUCUACUGUAGCCUGUUUGGGUUGUACAAGGAAGAUGAAGGCAUCUGGUUAUCGCCCAAUCACAUUCUGCACUUAGAUGAAGCAUCCAAUGAGAAUUUGUUGUACAGAAUUAGGUACUAUUUUCCUGGCUGGUACAGUUGUGGGGCGUCUCGGGCGUACCGCUAUGGAGUUACUAAGGGAUCGGAGAGUCCUGUGCUGGAUGACAAUGUCAUGGCUUAUCUCUUUGCUCAGUGGAGGAGCGACUUCGUAAACGGCUGGGUGAAGUUAUCCAGUGACCACGAGAUUCAGGAGGAGUGUCUCGGCAUGGCAGUGCUGGAUAUGAUGAGGACGGGCAAAGAGAAGCAGUGCUCUCCGCUGGACAUCUACAAUGAAGUUAGUUACAAGUCCUUCCUUCCUAAAGACAUGAGGGAACGUAUCCAGGAUUACCACUUCAUCACCAGGAAGCGCAUUCGCCAUCGUUUCCGGAAGGUGGUCCAGCAGCUCAGCCAGUGCCGAGCCUCGGCGCGUGACCUGAAGCUCAAGUACCUGAUCAGCCUCGAGUCUCUGGACUCCGGCUUCUACACCGAACGCUUCAAGGUCAAAAAGCCCUCGGCCGAGCAGGUCACCAUAGUCGUCUCUGCAGACCACGGUGUUCAGUUGUGCCGUGAACAACAUAAAGACGCACAGCUGGAGCAGGACCUGCAGACGUAUUGUGAUUUUGCAGAAGUUGUGGAUAUCAGUAUCAGGCAGGCCAGCAAAGAGGGGACCGACACGAACCGAAUCGUCUCCAUCAACAGACAAGACGGCAAAACUCUAGAGCUGGAGUUCUCUUCCUCGAUGGAGGCGUUGUCGUUUGUGUCUCUGAUCGACGGUUACUACAGACUGACCACAGACGCCCUUCACUACCUCUGCAAGGACGUGGCACCACCCCAUCUGCUGCAGGCCAUCGAGAGCUUCUGCCACGGGCCCAUUUCAAUGGAUUUUGCAAUCAGCAAAUUGCGCAAGUCAGGAAACCAGAGAGGUCUGUAUGUGCUACGGUGCAGCCCCAAAGACUUCAACAAAUACUUCCUGACUCUUGCAGUUGGGGCGUAUGAGGAUGUUGAGUACAAGCACUGCCUGAUCACCAGGUCUGUGACCGGCGACUACAAUCUCAGUGGAACCAAAAGGAGUUUUGGAAGCUUGAAGGAACUGCUCAAGUGUUACCAGAAGGAAACGGUGAAAUCAGAUGACAUCGUCUUUCAGUUCACCAGGUUCUGUUCACCAAGGGCCAAAGAAAAGUCGAACCUGUUGGUGUGUCGAAGCCAUAGGGGUUCAGAGGUCCCCCUCUCUUCCUCCAUGCAGAGAAGUAACAUCAGUCAAAUGGUGUUUCACAAAAUCAAAAAAGAAGAUCUUGAGCUUGGGGAGAGUCAAGGUCAAGGAACGUUCACCAAGAUCUUCAGAGGGAUUCGGAAAGAGCAGGGAGACUAUGGAGAAACCCAUAAGACUGAAGUCAUUGUCAAAGUCUUAGACAAAGCACACAGAAAUUACUCUGAGUCUUUCUUCGAGGCAGCCAGCAUCAUGAGCCAGCUCACCCACAAGCAUCUGGUGUUGACCUACGGCGUCUGUGUGUGCGGCGAGGAGAACAUCAUGGUGCAAGAAUAUGUGAAGUUUGGAUCUUUGGAUACUUACCUAAAGAAGAACAAGAACUCCAUGUCAGUCAACAUCUUGUGGAAGCUGGAGGUGGCCAAGCAGCUGGCCUGGGCCAUGCUUUUUUUGGAGGAGAAGAAUCUGGCUCAUGGGAAUGUUUGCGCGAAGAACAUUUUGUUGAUCAGAGAGGAGGACAGGGCACAGGGAAACCCACCGUUCAUCAAACUGAGCGACCCGGGCAUCAGCAUCACGGUGCUGCCCAGAGAGAUUCUUGUGGAGCGAAUCCCCUGGGUGCCCCCUGAAUGCAUCGUAGACCCUAAAAACCUGAGUCCUGCCACAGACAAGUGGAGCUUUGGCACAACAGUAUGGGAGAUAUGCAGCGGAGGAGAAAAGCCACUCGCCAAUAUGGACAAUUCCAAGAAACAUUUGUUCUAUGAAAAUCGUCACCAACUUCCAGCUCCAAAGUGGACGGAGCUUGCCAACCUGAUUAACAGUUGCAUGGAUUACGAGCCAACGGUCCGACCUUCAUUCAGAGCCAUCAUACGUGACCUCAACAAUCUCUUCUGCCCAGAUUAUGAGAUCGUGAAGGAGACCGACAUGUUACCGAACAGAACCGGAGCGUCUGGAUUCAGCUCCGGAGCGUUUGAGAAUGAGGAGCCGGUUCAGUUUGAGGAGAGACAUCUCAUUUUCCUCCAGCAGCUGGGCAAGGGAAACUUUGGCAGUGUGGAAAUGUGCAGGUACGACCCCCUGCAGGACAACACUGGCGAGGUGGUGGCCGUAAAGAAACUGCAACACAGCACCACUGAACACAUCCGAGACUUUGAGCGAGAGAUCGAGAUCCUGAAAUCCCUCCAGCACGAGAACAUUGUGAAAUACAAAGGCGUGUGCUACGGUGCAGGAAGGAGAAAUCUACGGCUGGUGAUGGAGUAUCUACCGUACGGCAGUCUGCGCGACUACCUCAACAAGAACAAAGACAGGAUUGACCACAACAAGCUGCUUUAUUAUUCUUCUCAAAUAUGCAAAGGAAUGGAAUACCUCGCAACGAAGCGGUACAUUCACAGAGACCUGGCCACGCGAAACAUUUUAGUUGAGAGUGAGUUUCGGGUGAAGAUCGGCGAUUUUGGCUUGACCAAGGUUUUGCCUCAGGACAAAGAAUACUACAAGGUUAAAGAACCUGGGGAGAGCCCGAUUUUCUGGUAUGCACCAGAGUCUCUAACUGAAAGCAAGUUCUCGGUGGCAUCUGAUGUCUGGAGUUUUGGAGUGGUUCUGUAUGAACUCUUCACGUACAGCAACAAGCUCUGUAGUCCACCUACAGUGUUCAUGAGUAUGAUGGGAGGAGACAAGCAGGGACAGACGAUCGUCUAUCAUCUCAUUGAGCUCUUGAAACGGGGGAACCUUUUACCGCAACCCGCGGGGUGUCCAUCUGAGAUCUACGAGAUCAUGCAAGAAUGCUGGGACAACGAUCUUUGUCUUCGGCCAACGUUUAAGCAGCUGGCUCUCCAUGUGGACUUGAUUCGGGACGGCAGCGAUUCAGACAGAUAUACCCAAGUGCCUGCAUUUUAAUCCAGAAGUUCAUUCUGGUCUCGCAGCGGCCGGCCCUAGCUUUCAGCGUGCCAUUGUGGCAGAUCUAAUCCCUCCGAAUUGAUCACCUCAUCUUCUCUCGGAACAAUCUAUGGUCAUUUAUGUCAAGAAUGUUUUCUUGUUCGUUUUUGCUUUGCUAGCAGUGCUGGCGUGCACCUCUCUACCGACAAUGGUUUUGAAUGAUUGAAUCGUUAUUUUAAGGAAUGCAUGGAUGCGUUUUUACAUCCACGUGUUUGUAUGUACAUAGAAAAGAUGAUUUUAUAAUUUUAUAAAAAUGAGAUAUAAGCGCGCACUCAUUCUGUAUGGCUUGUUAAAAGCAGUUAUGUAAAUGAAUUGGAAAGGUAUAUAUGUUUAUAGGUUGUUUGUCAGUGCAGUUGGUGUCUGAUUGAGAAGUACAAAGAAAUGAAAGAUCUUGCCAUUAUACGAAGAAGCCUUUAUACUUGCUUUGAAUAAAAAAGCCUGA